AUGUAUCAACCCCUAUGGAUCCUCUUCCAAGCUACUUGCAGUAUCGCCACUCUCGUAAACCGCCCACCAGAGCUACGAGUGGUAAUCUCCCGUGGCGUCGUGUACGGGAUAUACAACAACACAGCUCAAACCGUCCGGGCAUUUUUAGGAAUCCCGUAUGCUGAGUCCCCAGUUGGACGGCUUCGCUUUGCACCACCACAGCCAAAAUUGCCCACUCAAUACCCAAUCGAUGCAUCCUCCUUCCGUAAUUCUUGCCCCCAGGUUUACACCUACUCUAAUGAAUCAAUCUGGAGAAUUCUUCCAUACAAGAUAUGGAACGCAGCCAGCAUGUCCGAGGACUGUCUUCAUAUUAACAUCUGGACUCCUUCUUUCAAACAUCAGGGUAGAAGCGCGCGGAAAGCAGCAGUGAUGAUGUUCAUGCAUGGAGGAGGGUACGGGUCUGGUUCUGGAUCAGUGGCCUUUUAUGAUGGGACCACUCUGGUGCAGGAGAAUGACGAUGUCAUCGUUGUCACAUUCAAUUAUCGACUCAAUGUCUUUGGAUUUCCCAAUGCACCGGGUCUGAAUCCUUUGGAGCAGAACCUGGGUUUAAUGGAUCAGCGGCUGGCGGUGAAGUGGGUUCAUGAGAACAUAGCCAACUUUGGAGGGGAUCCGAAGAGGAUACUACUCUUCGGGCAAUCUGCUGGGGCGUCAUCGGUUGACAUCUAUUCAUAUGCCUAUCCGGAUAAUCCACUUGUCAGCGCCUUCGCCUUGCAUUCUGGCACUGCUCGGUUAUUGACAACAGAGCCAGACCAUGAGAAUUGGAAUCAGUUGUCUACUGCUCUUGGAUGUGGCUCAGACGUUGAGUCACUUCGCUGUAUGAGACGAGUUCCGGCAGCCAAGAUUGUCGAGGUCAGAACUCACGGGAACUACACCUUUUAUCCGAUCAUCGACAACCGAAAUGUUUUUGCGGAUUAUGCUGCUCGGACUGCCAAGGGGCGACUCGCCCGUCUGCCAACAUUGGCCGGAAUCACCGAACACGAAUUCUCGGCCAUAGUUCCGUUAAGCCAAGAAUCCGUGAAUGAGACCGAGAUCUACGAAAAUGUCCAAAAGUCUUUUAAUUGUCCCCUUCGAGAGACUAUCAAGAUGCGACUUGACCAGAACGUGCCCACUUGGAGAUAUCUAUACCGAGGCAAUUUCUCCAGUCUCAGUCCCACGCCAUGGCUUGGAGCGUAUCACACCGCCGAAAUACCCAUUGUGUUUGGAACUUAUCAUUUGUCCUACCCACGAGCCCCAUCUGCGGAAGAGGCGGAAGCCAGCAGAUACCUCCAAGGAGCUUGGGUGGCAUUCACCAAAGAUCCCCUCCAUGGACUCUCCCAGUAUGGGUGGCCACAGUUCCACUUCGAUGGUCGGUCUCUUCAUUGCACGGUGCUAGUCCCCGCUGAUCAUUGA